AUGAAGCCUGCCGACAAGCACUUUCGCUGCACAGUCUGUCAGCGGGGCUUCACACGCAUUGAUCACCUCAAGAGACACCACCUGCGCCAUUCCGGCCAAAAGCCCUACUCGUGCGUUUUCUGCAACGAGGCCUUUGCGCGAUGCGACAAUCUUCGCGAUCAUUAUAACGAUUGCGCCCAACGUGGGGAUCGUCAAGUCCCCGAGACUGGCCAGAGGGGCCGUCGGCGACAUGCAUGCCAAUCUUGCACCUCGAUGAAGCUUCGUUGCGAUGGCGCAAGUCCCUGUGGCUCAUGCGUGAAGAGAGGUCUCGAUUGCAACAAUGAACGACUCAUCCGCGCGGAUGCCCACCACGACCUCGACGAUCCCAUGACGCGACCGCCUGCACACACCAAGCCAGAAAUAUUCGACCAGCCUUCGGAUCGUGGAUCGAUCAAGUUUCUUUUGAAUGGCGGUACCGACAGCUUCACCGAGCAGUUUCGGCUCCCGCCACGAGAUGAUCGCGCUCGGGGUAUGGAAUUCCACAAUCAGGUCGGAUUGCAAGAAGCCGCUGGGGGGAUGUUUCCAUACAGCAUGCAAGAGAAUCGAUCAGAAUUUCCCCCACCAAUUGGUGGUCCGGACCCCUCGUCUCUCCAAUUUUUCCAAGACACCUUUCUGGACUUUUUCAAUGGACCAUUUGGCGAUAACCAGAAGUCCCUGGAGGACCCCUAUACUGCUCGUAUCGAUUUCAAUACGCCUGGGAAAGAUCCAAGUCUAGCCAUGCAAUCAGAUCCUGCAGUCUUCGAACCAGAACAGCCAUUCGCGAUGGCUCUCGUUCAAUCUAUCUUGGCAAGGGCAUGGACUGUACCGCUGGAUCCCAAGGCCCAGGAGGAAAUAUCGUCCGGUCUUAACUUCUUGCUCACCACAGCACGCAUACGGAAAUUCUUGUCGCUUUAUUUUAGGUAUUGGCAGAACAAUUGCUCCAUCUUUCACGUCCCUUCCUUUGACCCGGAGACAACUUCACUGCCACUUCUUGCUGCGGUGACAUUUAUGGGCGCUAUGUAUAGCACAGAUCCGCGGGAAACAUACAUCGCAAAGCGAGUUUUGGACUUUGCUGAGCUCUUCGUGUUCUCCAGCCCCGUUUUUUCGCCAGAGACAGAAGUGGCUUCUGUGUUCUCCGGUCACAAGACCCCGGAGGAAGACGACAACGACUGGGUGAAGUUCCAGAAUUUCUUGGCUGGCCUUAUUAUUACUGUUGUUCAGUACUGGGCAGGCAGCCGCGCCUCGCGAAACCGUGCGAUGGAAAAUCGAUUCAGCGAAAUCGUCAAAAUCGCCCGACGGCUCGAUCUCGUGAAAUGCCGACACCAGCCCCACGAGCAGCUACAGGAGCAUCUCUGGAUUCAGACUGAGUGCCGCAUCCGUGCCAUUAGUGUCAUCUCUCUGCUUGAUUGCGCAUUCUUCUUUUACCAGAACUACCCGUGCCGUCUGACGCAUUCUGAGAUGGAAUGCGAGCUUCCAUGCGAAGAGUCUGUCUUUCAGGCUGAGCACCCCUUUUCCGAGCCUAGCUUUCGGUUCAAUCGGGAUAUCACCAUCUACUCCGCUUUUCAAAAUUUAUUUGAACCUGUGAAACAAGAGGGCCAAUCUGCCGAUAUCUACGAUAUGGGGCUGACGGUUUUGGAUACAUUCAUCCUGAUUCAUGUUUUAUUCGCCUUCAUCAAUACGCAUAUGACCCUAGUCGGACUUCUGAAGCGGCAAAGCUCUGUUAUCCAUGCUUUACAAAAUACAACCCACGGAGAUGGCAGCAGGAGCAUGAUACCGGAAGACUCAUUAUUGAUCUCAAUUCGCACCGCUCUGAACCGCUGGCGUUACUACUGGCUCGCAGUCCGCAGUCAGGUCUCAAACGACGAAUGGGCCUCGAUGGGAUUCUACAAGAACGGAUAUAACUUCUGGCUCGUCUCGCAGCUUCUUAUCACCAAUAAGGAUGCCGUUGAUGUCAUUUUGCAAAUGGAGGUCCAUUGUGAAGAUAAGCUCGAGAAGUUGAAGGUGUUACUCAAGGACGAACAGGACUAG